UUUUAACUGCGGUCACACUGAGUAGAAAAAACCAAACGAAAAGCGGAGAAAGAAAUAAUAAUUCGUGUUUUGUGUGCAAAGUGCAAAGGGUAAAUAAGUUGUUUUAUUUUCGCAUUCGAUACCCCAAGAAACCCAAUAAAGUGCCAGGACUUUGGAUACCAUACCGUGCGCGCAGCUCUACCGUUUGUUCCCCUUUGUUGACGUCGCAUUGUCGUCAUCGUCAUCUUGUGACUGUGUCUAUUCGAGUCCGAAAAAAGAAAGAAAAGAAAGUCGUAAAAUAUAGAAAAGAAAACUAGUUGGGGAGGAGGAGUCGCACACACCAACAGACACACACAGUUACACGGAGCCCCCCACUCACAGACACACACGCACACACAACAAACACACUCACACACACCUACAGGCGAACUGCAGUGAAGCAACAAAAACAACAAUAAACACAACAUUGCAGCUUGCUUUGGAGCACUUAAACAGCAAUAAACAUAAACCAAAACGAAAAAAAAUACAAAAAGAGCAAAAGAAUCUUUAGCUUAAACAACAAAAGUCCAAAGUUUGUGUAUAAAAAAUAAAAAGCAAAGUCAAACGCAAAAACAAACGAAAAUGAGAAAGCAAAAGGACGAUAUGCAGGUCAAUGUCGCUGGUCUGCGCAGAAACAUCAAGAACCUUGCGCACAACUACUCCGAUGCCCAGGUCAAAGUGCGCGAGGCCACCUCCAAUGAUCCAUGGGGUCCUUCGGCGGCUAUCAUGGGCGAGAUAGCGGACCUCACCUACAACGUGGUGGCCUUCUCGGAGAUCAUGCAGAUGAUCUGGAAGCGCCUCAACGACCACGGCAAGAACUGGCGUCACGUCUACAAGGCACUCAUCCUGCUGGAGUACCUCAUCAAGACGGGCACGGAAAAGGUGGCUCAGCAGUGCAAGGAGAAUAUCUUUGCCAUCCAGACGCUGCGUGAGUUCGUUUACUUUGAGGAGGGCAAGGAUCAGGGCACCCAUGUCCGUGAGAAGGCCAAGCAGCUGGUCAAUCUGCUCAAGGACGAUGAGCGGCUGAAAAACGAGCGUGUUAAGGCGCUGAAGGCCAAGGAGCGAUUUGCCCAGCAUCCAAGUGGUUUCGGUAGCGAUGGCUACAUUGACGGACCAUCACAGCGCGACCUGCCGCCAGGAUGGCAAGAAGAGCCACCGAAGUCCGUCUCCGAACUGGAAAUGGUUCGUCCGCAGACGGCUGGCGAAGAGGAGCUGCAACUUCAGCUGGCCAUGGCCAUGUCACGCGAGGAAGCGGAGCAGGAGGAGGCCAAGCGGCGCAGCGAUGAUGUGCGUUUGCAGCUAGCGCUCAGCCAGAGUGAACAGGACUUCAAAGAUCCAAAUGCUCGUCCCCUUCCCGCGCCCAAAAAGGAGGAGCCACAGAGUCAUUUGCUGGAUCUGCUGGACAUUUCUCUGGGCGCCGCGAGCAUUUCGAGUCCGCCGCUGGGCGCUGCAGGCGGCGCUCCCGCGGCUGUCGUUGAUCCCUGGGCCACGCCAGCUCCUCGUGCGCCUAGCCAGCUUUCUGAUCCCUGGUCGGGCACUUCCUCCCCGCAAGUGGAUCCUUGGAAUCCCUCGGCAGCGCCUCGGACUAUUAUGGGCGCUGGAGUGCCGAUGAGUGCGGCGCCACCGGUCGGAGGAGCGGCUGGAAACGAUGCCUGGGGAGCUCGAACUCAAUCGCCGUCGAUGGCCUCGGGCUCCUCAAACGAGGGCUGGCUGCAGACCAACGGCAAUGCCAACCAGAAUGGACGUGGAGCCACUCCGGCGGGAGCUCCAGCUGAAGGAUGGUUGAUAAAAUCUAAUGCUGUCGGUGCUUUGGGAGCAGCGCCCGUAAAUCAUGCCGCAAAUAAUGGAAGCUCAUCUGCGGAUCCUUGGCUGGCUGAACCAGCAGCGCCAGCGACAGGAGGAGCAGGAGCAUCCGGACUGGCGGAUCCUUGGGCGGCAGGUGGAGCACCUCAAAGUGCAGCCCUGGAUGACCCCUGGAAAGCCCUUGGAACAGGAGCCAUUAAGAAAACAUCCCCUGAGUUUGACGAGUUCGACUUAAUUACCAACCGGAACAAGAGUGAGCUAAGCAAUUCCAACGCCUCCAACAACAACAACAAUGCUUCUCUGCUCGACGACAUGGACCCGCUAUCGGCAAACUACGGAAAUGGAGCUAUGAACAACAGUGCGGGCUCUGUGCAUCCAUCGACGGGCGCCACGGCAAAGAAACCCGUGAAGGAUGCCCACUCGUUCCUCGGCGAGAAUUCCGCGCUGGUCAACCUGGACAAUCUAAUUAAACCGAUUGCGCCACAAACGCAAGUCGGAAAUCAGCCAGCUUACAAUCCCUUCAGCGAUAACGUGUUGCCACCCAAGACGAAUCUAUUCCAGCAACAGCAGCCAGCCGUGCCGUCCAUCAAUCAGCUGAAACAGCAGGCUCCCUUCUCAGUCAGCAUGAACCAGGAUCCCUGGGCACCCGUCAUGGGUGGCGUCAGUGCGACUUCACAGCCAAAACUUCCGCCUCCCGUGCGUCCCACUAGCCUCAACUUGGGGCCCUCGUCCGUGGGUGAAUUUCAGCUGUUGAGUGCGUUUAGUAAUCCCGUCAUUCCCUCCGCCCACAACCCUCAGCCACAGCAGAAUUCGCAGGUCCACAACUAUGCGUACCAAAGCAACAGCAACACGAAUAUCCUUGGCAACAGCAACAUGAGUAGCUCCACCAGCAACAGUACCAUAUACAGCAGCUAUGUGAGUCCGAGUCCUGGAAUCGAUGGCAUCCGGAACAUGGAUAUAUUCACCGAGCGGCCCUAUUUCAAUAGUCCAACGGCUCCAGCUGCAGAAACUUACUUGUACAAUAGCAACGACAAUAACAAUAUCAACCUCAACUAUGGUACUCCCAGACUUUAUUCGAGCUAUGCUGCCAGCUACAGCAGCGCAUUAUCCGAUUCCCUGGCCGAGACCCCGGGAGUUAGUGUGGCUCCCAUGGGCUUUGUGGCCGAUCCCGUCAUGAGUUUUGGGCCCUCAACCUCCUCGGCCAACCACUGCAAGUUGGAACAAAAUAACAACAUGCCGUGGAUCAAACCGGAAGCCGCUACAAAUCCGUUUUUGUCGUAAACUGGAGCCGAUAAAUCAACAGCUAUUUAAGCAGAAGGAGCAGCGGGAUCAUCAACUAAGGGAUCGUCAACUAAUCAACUGGCUGGUGUAUAUGGAGCUGUCCAAUAGCAUUAGCAACAAUAGCAGCAGAAGCAACCAAUUUUAGCUCUACCAAUCUGCAAAGAGAGAAAUAUGAAUUAAUUAAUAAAUUAUGUGUAAGGAAGUAUUAUUAAAGUGUAAAAUAUGUGAUGUACGUGAGAGAGAAAGCCAAGAUCCAGCGAUAGAAAGUGAGGAGAGAGGUAGAAACAGCAACGACAACCAGCCAAGAUCAGUAGAGAAAUCUGACCGAAUUUCGCGCAGGAAGCUCACAUUCAAACAGAACUCGAGUCUAAAUACAUUUGCAAUAACUAAACCUGUAAACCAGCCCGUAAGAUAGCAUAAGGCAUCCCCAACACAACUCAACUGACUAAGAAAUUAUUCCCGCUUCGAUUCACCCACUAAUUCUAAUGUUUUUCAAGCUCACGGGUUGUCAUGCCCCCUAUUAAGUUGAGUGGUCGUCGGGGAUUCCCCACUGUCAGUCUUCAAGUACUUCCUUAGUUGAUCAUUUACUGUUAAAUAAGUUGUAUCCUUGUUGAGGUAAUUGGAAGCCAUUAGAGUCCGAACGAGAGAUGCGAAAAUGAAAACUAAAAAAAUUGUUAUAUAGCUUUAAAGAUUGCAUUGGUAAAGAAAACAUGUUAAAAACAAUGGUAAACAAAUUAUGUGUGUGCUUGUAAUUGUACAUUUUUUUACGUUCUUAUUUUGUGAAAUUUAUUGUGUGCGCGCAUGUUAAAGAUACCAAAUACAAUUAUUAAUGGCUUUUGGCUAUCGAUUUUUAAAACAAAUUUUUACGAUUUUUUCGAGAUGACAGUUGAUUUGUUUGUGCAUUCGCUUUUUGUCCACCUGCAAGACACCAAUGCAUACACGAGUUUGCUGUUCAAACAUUUUUUAUAGCGACUAGUUUAAAAUUUACAAGAACCUUUGAACACAUAUACAAAGAACAAGAUUACAAGAGCAAAACGAAAACAAAAACAAAACACAACAAAAUGAUGGUAUACAUUUAGGCUAGAAUACGUAACGAAUUGUAUAAGCGUAACUUAAUGAUAACAAAAUAUACAUAUACAUAAAAGAGA